AUGAAUUGGCACUUAAUUCCCUCACGAGCAGCUUUCAUCAGCGAUAACAAGCUCCACAUCCUCAAGACCUCAUACUGCACAUACUACGGAAGGCACUCCGCUUUGAAGACCGCUGGAUGUGGUACCGCCUAUGCGAUUGGUGCCUUUGUUUCAGCGACCGGAGACGCUGCAGCUGAAGGUUACAUCGCCACUGAACUCGGAGAAGCCUUCAAUGGCAAGCGUGACAACCAGACUCCUCGAUUCAUCUGCAUCACCAAGGAUGGUGACACUCUAUGCACCUCCUGGGCUAACUACAGCACUGGCAAACUCCCUUCAGGAGAGAGUGGCGACAUCGAAGGCUUUGCUGUCAAGUGCGGUCAGUCGGGCGGCAGUGCCACUGAUGGCGGCAUUGUGUACAUCUGUGUCAGCAACCGCGCAAAAGGCUGCGGUGCGGCUGUAUGUUAGAGAUCGACGGGUAUGGGCAUGAGUGCUUUUGUGGAAACGUCACAGGGUUAGAGGACAUCAACAGCACACUCGCGGUUCAUCAUUGUGAAAACGCCUGGCUAGAUUCAUGAAUGUCAG